GCAGGGACCUUGCGUCGCCGCCGCCGCCGCCGCAGCGUCCACCUCCCGUCCCGCUGCCGCAGCUCCCAGCAUCAGCGCCGCCGCCGCCGCGUCCGCCACCAGCACCACCGCCAUGCGGGAAAUCGUGCACCUGCAGGCCGGCCAGUGCGGCAACCAGAUCGGGGCCAAGUUCUGGGAGGUGAUCAGUGAUGAACACGGCAUCGACCCCACUGGCACAUAUCAUGGAGACAGUGAUCUGCAGCUGGAGAGAAUCAACGUGUACUACAAUGAGGCCACAGGAGGAAAUUAUGUUCCCAGAGCCGUGCUGGUGGACCUGGAGCCGGGCACCAUGGAUUCUGUCCGCUCUGGCCCCUUCGGCCAGAUCUUUCGCCCCGACAACUUUGUUUUUGGCCAGUCGGGAGCCGGCAACAACUGGGCCAAGGGCCACUACACGGAGGGCGCCGAGCUGGUGGACGCCGUGCUGGACGUGGUCCGGAAGGAGGCCGAGAGCUGCGACUGCCUGCAGGGCUUCCAGCUGACCCACUCGCUGGGCGGCGGCACGGGCUCGGGCAUGGGCACGCUGCUCAUCAGCAAGAUCCGCGAGGAGUUCCCGGACCGCAUCAUGAACACCUUCAGCGUGGUGCCCUCGCCCAAGGUGUCGGACACGGUGGUGGAGCCCUACAACGCCACCCUGUCGGUGCACCAGCUGGUGGAGAACACGGACGAGACGUACUGCAUCGACAACGAGGCGCUGUACGACAUCUGCUUCCGCACGCUCAAGCUGACCACGCCCACCUACGGCGACCUCAACCACCUGGUGUCGGCCACCAUGAGCGGCGUCACCACCUGCCUGCGCUUCCCGGGCCAGCUGAACGCCGACCUGCGCAAGCUGGCCGUGAACAUGGUGCCCUUCCCGCGCCUGCACUUCUUCAUGCCCGGCUUCGCGCCGCUCACCAGCCGGGGCAGCCAGCAGUACCGCGCGCUCACGGUGCCCGAGCUCACGCAGCAGAUGUUCGACGCCAAGAACAUGAUGGCCGCGUGCGACCCGCGCCACGGCCGCUACCUGACGGUGGCCGCCGUCUUCCGCGGCCGCAUGUCCAUGAAGGAGGUGGACGAGCAGAUGCUGAGCGUGCAGAGCAAGAACAGCAGCUACUUCGUCGAGUGGAUCCCCAACAACGUGAAGACGGCCGUGUGCGACAUCCCGCCGCGCGGCCUCAAGAUGGCCGCCACCUUCAUCGGCAACAGCACGGCCAUCCAGGAGCUGUUCAAGCGCAUCUCGGAGCAGUUCACGGCCAUGUUCCGGCGCAAGGCCUUCUUGCACUGGUACACGGGCGAGGGCAUGGACGAGAUGGAGUUCACCGAGGCCGAGAGCAACAUGAACGACCUGGUGUCCGAGUACCAGCAGUACCAGGACGCCACGGCCGAAGAGGGCGAGUUCGAGGAGGAGGCGGAGGAGGAGGUGGCCUAGGCGCCGCCCCCACCUCCGCAACCCGGAACCUCGUGCUUCCCGGCUGACCUUUGACCCGCGGGCCCCAGGUGCAUCCGACGCCCGCCCCCCAGCUCGUCUAACGCAGACGCACGCACCCCCCUCGUGAGCCCCACCCUUGAACUCCGGGAGCCUUCCUUGACCCCGACCUCUCCUUCACCUUAGACCUCCCCCACGAACCCCACUGGGCCCCCAAUUUCCUCUCGAUCCCUCCUGCCAAGCCUCCCCUCACCUGUCCCCUCGGACUCCCUCAUCUCUAGCUGCCAGCCCCCACCCCUCGCCCUCCCCUCAGCUCUUGCCAACCUUGGUUUUCCGGGAGGGGGGGUGGGCUGCUGCUGCAGGAGAAAGAAGCCCUGGAGCAUGUGAGCAAAGGCGCUGCGCCCUCAAGCCUCCCCGGCCUCCUCCCUUCUGCUUCCCCGGCAAUAAAUAAACUGGUGACCUGCCA